UCCGGAAUAAUUGAAAAGGCUCUUUUAAGAGCCACCCACUCGAACCAAUAGAGCGAUUUUAUUCUUAAGAGACUAAAAAGUUUAAAUCGGUACAGACAAACAACAAACACUGGAAAACUAGGUUCUCUUUUAAAGAUGACCGUUUACGGUUUUGUUUUGGGCAGUGACUGUUCUGGUUGCUUUAAAACUAGUGAUAUCUUUCAUGUUAAUUUGUUUUUUUUGUUGUUGAGGGAAAUUAUUACACAUGAGGUUUACCAACCUGUUUCUGCGACAGGUGACUAACAGAUCAUGGGUCCAUAAUUACAAGCAAAAAUGUAACUUUACAUUUAAUGUGACAAAUCUAAACAAAGGGUUUCGAGCGGGAGCUGCUACUGCUUUUCGUUUGAAAAAAGGGAAACGCACAGCCAUUGGCCAGUUGUCUACGUAGACGUCUUACAUUAUCCAAUCACGUGCCACUGCUCUGUUGCCACCCUCCGAGCUCGUGUGCGACUAGUCUAUAUAAACGGCCAGCAGAGCGCAGUUAUUUAUUCCUUAUUUCUUUCCUGCGUUUGACGGAGAAGAGUUGACACUGCAAUAAUGGCAAGAACUAAGCAGACCGCUCGUAAGUCCACCGGUGGCAAAGCGCCGAGGAAGCAGCUCGCUACUAAAGCUGCCCGUAAGAGCGCCCCAGCCACCGGCGGUGUGAAGAAGCCUCAUCGUUACAGGCCCGGUACCGUGGCGCUGAGAGAAAUCCGCCGCUACCAGAAGUCCACCGAGCUGCUCAUUCGUAAACUGCCUUUCCAGCGUUUGGUGAGAGAAAUCGCUCAGGACUUCAAGACUGAUCUGCGCUUCCAGAGCUCCGCCGUCAUGGCCCUGCAGGAGGCCAGCGAGGCUUAUUUGGUCGGCCUCUUUGAGGACACCAACCUGUGUGCCAUCCACGCCAAGAGAGUCACCAUCAUGCCCAAAGACAUUCAGCUGGCACGCCGCAUCCGCGGAGAACGCGCUUAAACUCCCGCCUGCUUCAGCUACAUCAACCCCAAAGGCUCUUUUAAGAGCCACCUCCAAUCCACUGAACGAGAUCAUUUCCCUUGUAAUAGUUUACUAUUUAUUAGACAAUGGUCUUACUUGAUUUAAACGCAGAAACACAUCAGACCUGAAGUAGACAUUGAACUAAUCUUGAGCCAAGUAUGUACACUGCCACUACAAACCUGUCAAAACGAAUUUCAACUGAACGUAACUGAAAUUACGUGAGUUUAAAACGAAUGAACAAUCUUCUCUAGAAAUUGCAGCAAAUAAGGGUUGUACCUUAAUUAUUUUACCAAUCCGGUGUAGACACUGUUAAUUAUAAACCCAUUUAGACUAUUUAUCAUUAUCAGAAUAACAGAAUGUUGGACGUUUUCAUUUGUAAGUCGCUCUGGUGUCUAAUAAAUAAAUGUAAUGUGUUGGUUUGUCAUUAUUUUACUACAUGCACGGAUGUAUGAAUACAUUCAGCUUCUCCAACAAACCACAAAAUCAUUAAUGACAAGUGUGUACUCUUAGUAGUAAUGUUUAGGAUACACA